AUGGGUGGUCGAGUGGCGAUGCUGGCGAAGCACUACGACGCGAUUCCUUCCGACGAGAAUGAUGAUGUCGAGCAGACGCGCCCCUUCCAAUCCCCCCGCGGCGGACGUGAUGCGUCUUCUUCUUCUGCGAAUACCAAAUCGAGUGCGAACAACAUCGUGUCGUCGUUUGCGAUGGGAUGCGCGGUAUCUUUAGCCGCGUUUGGUGUCGCCUCGACGGCUCUGUCGUCGUCGUCGUUUACGUCGUCCGCCGGCGGAGGAUCGUCUGCGACGAUGAUGAUGAUGACGAAAGGAGGAGGAAAAGGAGGCAGUUACGGCGCUGACGCGGAACAUUUCUCCUACCCGCUGAACAGCGAUCGAAGAACGUACAAAGGCAAAAGCAACGAGGUAUAUUUCAACGGCCAAAAGUACGAGAAAUCAAAGUGGAAAAACGGUCUAAUCGACACGGAAUCCGUGCCGUACGAGGCGACGAAUUGGGUGACGACGCAUCCGAAAGUAAGAGCGAUGAUGAGCGCGAGUUUAGGCGAGGCGCGCGUACAAGAACUUCCGCAACUCGGGAAGAGCAAUAAAAAAAGUAGCAGCAAAAAGAAGAGAGAAGAAGAAGAAGCGUUAGAUUUUGAUAUUCCGGACGGGAGCAAGUUACCGGAGCACGUGGAACCGGUGGAAACGAGCAGCUCCGGCGGCAUGGCGUCGACGAAAAAAGUGCACGGGAAAGUGGUCACGUUGGAUGAAAAUGGAAACAUCAACACCGCACCAAUGGGAAGAACGACGGUGGAUAACUACCGGAUGAGUUGGGCGACAGAACACGUCGUGUUUACCAACGGCGAUUACUCCGCCAACUACAUUCCGAUGAAGGAACGCGAUUGGCAAAAGAAAUUCAAGCAAAUCCCGGGCCAAGGUUUGACGAAGCCGAAAGACUCGAUGAUGACCGUAGACGACGCCGGAACGUUGAUUGGGAGGCGUAAAAUGCCCGCCAGUCAGUUGGGCGAAGUAGAAAAAGACGACAACGACAACGAAAUCGUCGCCCAUAACAAGAAGAAAGAGGAAAAAUCUAAUAAGCACGGCGGCGCUUCGUCUUCGUCUUCGAAAAAAAGUCACCAUCACGGAUAA